GGCGAUCAUGUCAUUCCAAAAUGGCACAAGUCGUCAUGGCAGGCGCAUGCCUGACUUGCCUGGGUGGGUGAGAAUAUGUUCGUCAUGAAGGUGUUUGCCAUGCCAUACCAUAUUUGGACCGCGAUCAACGCGAAAAGCAGCCAGCCCCCACCUCCCCCCAAGACCCUCGCCCAACAGCCACCAUCACCCACCCCAGCACAUUCCCGCCACAUUGAAUCGCUAUGCCAUCACAACAAUGCACACACAAAUCACUCACAAGCGCCGCCAACCACAACAACAACAACAACAGCCACAACAACAUCAACAACCACAACACUCUCAACAACCAUAGCCACACAGCUCGAGCGUCCAGCAACCAUUUUCCCUUCAGCCUCUUCCCAACAACAGCAACAGCGCCACCCGCACCUUCCCUCACACUCAGAGCACAGCGGCCAAUAUCGAUCGAUCAACCGAAGCACCACAACAAGCAAGCCACCAAACCAGCCUUGUCCCCCUUGAGCAACCUGUGCCCUCCACACGAUGAUCAUGCCCAUCACCGCUACCAUGGAUGACCCCUCCACCGCCACCAAGUUUGCCGAGGAUGAACGGCCCAUGAAGGUGGCUAAGAUCACCGCAUCCUCAACAGCGAUGACCGCCUCCGCCUCCUCCUCCUCCCCCUCAGACGAAGCGACAGACAGAAAGGUUAUGGCAAGCCUAUCAUCAUCAGUUGGAACGGCCUCCACACCCGCGCCCGUGAGCAGCAACGACUCUUCCUCGUUUGAUGAGGCCGAUAUUCAACGCCACGUCCUGCACGUUCUCCUGCCACAGUACCUCAGCAUCAGCUUGCAGAACACCCCGCACUCCGAAGAUCGGCGUGCGGCAGCCCACCGCCGCCACAAGGCAGCACUCCUCAAGGCAAUGGCCAGCACCCAAGCCCAGGGCUUGGUGCACGGCUUCUUCAAGAACGUGUUCGCGGGCAUCUGGGAGGAAAUUGACCGCAGUGCACGCCUCGCAGCCACAACAGCCACAACAGCCACAACAGCCACAACAAUAGCAGCAGCAGCAGCAGCCAAGACAACAGCACAAGAUGCCAAGGACACGAUGGACACUGCGCAGGACGACUGCUCCGCCGAUAAGGAUACAGCACCGCACAAGGUGCCAGGCGCCUCCUCCCGCCAACAGCAGCUGCGCCAAGCCAUCCAACAACGCAUGCACCGCCACCGCUGGCUGAGUGCAUUUCAGCGGCUGCUUGCGCGUGUUGGUGCCGUUGUCGAGCAUGCCGUCUAUACCUUGGCCGUGCUGGUUCAGGCCAUUGUCGCCCACACCAUGCGGCUGCGCGUGAAGCACCUCCUCCUGCGACAGCACGCCACAGACCCCAAGCACCGCACCGUCGCAGAGGCCGUCGUCGCAGACCCCUCCACCCUCCUCGCCUCCCUCUGCAAGGAGAUUGCCACGCACGACGCACCCAUCCUGCACGGGUACUGCCAGGCAAGCCCAAGCGCCAGGGCCAGCCCCUUUCCCGGGCUGUGCCGGCAUGCGGACGACGACAGCAACGAGCGGAGUGAUGAGCAGAGUGACACAGAGGGUCAACAGGCACACGAAGACGACGACGAAGAGCAGGAGGAACAACAUAAGGAUAGCACAGAGACCCGCGAUGGGGCGACGCUGAAGCGAGAGAAGCAGCAACAGCGGGAGAAGCAAGACGAGAAGCAGGAGGAGCAAGAGGAAGAGGACGCAAACGUCAUUCGAAGACGCGUCAUGCUCGAUGUCUACGAGGCGCUUCUUCGAGACAGCGAGGAGCAGGAGGAAGCGGACAAGGGUAAGCAGGAGGCAGCCCAGCUCGCAGGCCUCCACCCAAUUCUGCGCGGAUCAUCAGCAACACCAACACCAGCCACACCAGCCACACCAGCUGAGCAGCACGGACGCAACGUGAAAGGCAAGAUGCUGCAGGUGGCCUGGCGGCUUGAACGCCUCUGCCGCCCACUUCUCCGCACCCCGACCGAGCACAAGGAGAACGCAUGCCCCACGCCAGCACCCAACAAGAGGACCGCAGCCACGAUCAAGCACGUGUUCCGGCCAGUUGACCCUUGCGACAAGCUCGCCACCUCGGCCACGAGCAGACGCAGCGAAGGCAACACGUCAGGCGCCCGCGACAAUGUGCGGGCGAUAGCCUGCGUCCGCGCCACGGUCACACGCCUCAGCAUGCAGGACCGCGCCUUGGCCACUGCGUGGCGCGGGGUGCUGCGCGCCGUUGGCGCACGUGACCCGGCCAUCUUGCAACGCGUCCUCAAGCUCGACACACAGCAGCACGCGCUCAUGCUAGCCACGUUUGCACAGCGGUUCUACCACACACGGCAGCAGCACCACGAGCGCCUGUGCAAGUUUCGCCAGGCCCUGGACCAAUAUGCAAGCAAAGCCUCCGGCAAGCGUCCAUUCCACUCUUCGUGACAAACCUUUGGCUGUUGUUGUCUUCAUGUUCACGUGUGCUGAUGUGAGGCUGUCUUUAUCUCUGUCGGCCUACAUAUCUGCAUGUCGGUCCAUUCGUCGAUCUGUCUGCCUGUGCCAUUCCACCUCAUUUCCAUGUGCGUGCAGCAUGUAUUGUACACCACGUGCGUAUGCCAUUGUUCUCGAGAUUCGCCUCGUAUCUGACUAUCAUCAUCAUGUACACAAGCUUCGGCAACCACUAAAUCCAAUCACUCAAC